CAGGUUCUAAUGAAACCGACCACAUCUGAUGGUGAAGCAACACACCUUUAAAGAUGCAGCCUCUGUGAUGCUGUUUAAAAGCUUAUUGCAUUUCCUGGAGGGACUGGCGACGAGGCAGAAAACACCAGCUUAAUAUUUACUGCAUUAGGCUUUUUACACUCGUACUGUGACGUCCUGCAGCUGCAGCGCAAGAUGACCUUGAUUCUUCUGAUGAUUCUCUACUUCACCAUUUCACCUGUUGCUGACUGCCAUCGCAAUUUUAGAGGUUUUUCAGAUAGUGAUGAGAAAUGGCACCGAGGCUAUUGGCCACGACCUCGCCAGCCUUCCAUCCCUCUGUGGCCGCUGUUUCCAGGUCUGCUUCCACGACCGUUUCCUCCACCACCACCACCGUUACCGGCACCAAAGCCAGCCACGACUACGACCUCAACCACGACUAAAGCCACGACUACGACUCCAACCACCACCACAACGACCCCCACUCCAACCACAACGACUCCAGCUCCAACAACGACUCCAGCUCCAACAACGACUCCAGCUCCAACAACGACUCCAGCUCCAACAACGACUCCAGCUCCAACCACGACUCCAGCUCCAACAACGACUCCAGCUCCAACCCCGACUCCAGCUCCAACAACGACUCCAGCUCCAACAACGACUCCAGCUCCAACCACAACCCCGGCUCCAACUACUCCAACCCCAGACCCGACGGUCCCGACCACCAUUGCUGUUAGUCCACGAGGAGACAACAGAUAAUGCGUGAUGAGCUGAGAGCAGAAUUAGCUUUUCCUUCAUUCACUAUUCUUUGGUUUGCACAAAAAAAAUCUUCAUCUGGAACCCUAGAAUGUUGGUAAUAUUUUAGACUUUGGAAGCAUAGUUAAAACAAGAUAUUAAGUUUCACAAAAGUAUUUUCUUGCAUGCUUUUAAAUUUCAGUAUUUAUUAAUACCAAUAUGUAUGAUUUUUAAUAUAUUUGCUGCUUACUUUUCCUAUAAUGUCCAUGUUACGUUUUCAGAAUGUAGUGACGUAUUGUGAUGUGGAAUAGGAACCGGUCUUUUGGUGCGAGACACCAGCGGGACUGUCUUGAUGACAUACUGAUGUAAUAUCCACUCAGCGUGGCCACAUUUCACCACCCCUGGAUCAACGCAGCUUAAGAAAAGGAUGAGCGUUAAGCCUGUAAUACCCUCAUGUCUGCUUCGCCAGUGAAGUGUCUUGCACUAUAUUUUUUAUCAUGACUCAGCCUCUUGACCAGUAUUUUCUUUGCUGCACUGCCAAAAUCUUUGCUGCACUUAACAGAACAGAACAUGGUCCACUUCCUCAACAUUCCCACCAAUGAACAGCUGUUAUUUAAUUCCCAACCAAAUCACUGUGGGCUCAUGGUUUAUUUGCUUUCCCCAAAAGUGGGUUUGCACAAAGAUUUGUUAUGAAUGUACUAUUUUAAAGAUUUGGAAAAGUUAGUUUACAGGCAAACUUCACAGCCUAAAUUUAAUCAUUUUAAAAUAGGAACUAAAAUAAACUGAACCAAAUAAUUUUUUGUUUAGUCAGUUUGUGUUUUUUUUUGUGGUUACAUGUGAGUACAGUACACACUGAAUUUCCUACUGUAUAAACAUAUAAAUAUAAAAUCAUACAACUGCUAAAUUGUAAAAAAUCUAAAUCUAAACAUUUAGUCACAAAACAAAAGAGUAUUUUAGUCUCUGUCUUUUAUUUUCCUCCACACUGAAAAACUGAUACUGCAAUGUUUGGUUUUGCCCAACUAAAAUUGCCAAUAAUUGUACACUAUACAAAAAAAUAUGAUCACGUUCACUCAUAUAAUCAAUAUUCAGUAGUAUUUAAUAAAAUCCUUUCUUCCCUUCCUUCCAUUUUUCUCACAGUUUGUCGCGCCUUUGCUUUGCUGUAAUUAGAUCAUUGAGACACUGACCCAUCACUUGUAGCCACAGGUUUGUUUACUCAUUUCUGUAGACAUUACAGCAUGAUAAUUGAAGGAAAACAGGACGUCUGGCCUACACAGUCGACUACUUUCAGCGUUUAACUCGUUGCUUCAUACACACACAAGAUUAGGUUGAAUUUGUCUCCUUUUACUGUUGUGUGAUUGGUUGUUUCACUCUGCGAGCGACGCAUAAGUUUGUCUUCACCUCUGGGCCGUUUCAUACAUACAUACAGUCACUUACAGUGGCGUCGGGGCUCCGGGUGGACAUUCAUCCACAGCUUUCACUGCUAUUGUGGAGUUAACGGUUUUGUUACAUCCAUGGAAAUGUUUGUUCUAAUUCUAUCUGCGUCUUUCUCGAUCAUGGCGUCUGCAGUACCAGUCCGCGAUGCCCUUCCUCCCUCGCUGUCACAAGGUGGAGCCACUCAGGCUCCACCGAUUCAACCGGCUGAGGGUCAGACACCUCAGGCUGCAGCCUUGCCCUCCCCCGUGCUGGAACAAGCGCAGGCUGGAGUCCCUCGGCAGCCGGGGCCCCAGGGUGGUCCAGACCUCCUCCCUUUCCUCCAACAGUACACCUGGUCUCCAAUAGGGGGCACUGCAGCGAUGAUGCCUCUGCAGCCAGGCGUGCAAGAGUCCCUGCCUGUUAACCAGCCUGCGCUACCGCUACCGCUACCAGUACCACAGCAGCCGCUGGUUUUCCCUCCUUAUGGAUACUUCCCUCUGUUUUUAUCACCAUACACAAACCAGCUGUUCUCCCCGUACAGUUUCCCAGUGCGUUUCGAACCACCUCUCCCACAGACUCCGGCAGCUCCCGCACCAAACAGUCCCCUGUUACCUGCAGAAGCAUCACCUGUAGCUGCUCCGUCAGGAGAUGCACCACAGCCAGUGCUACAGAAUGGUCAAAUUAUGUACAUGCUCCAGCAACCUGGGAGCGCUCCACUCGGCAGCCUGAGCUCAGAGGAGCUGGAGAUCGCAGCUAAACUGAGCCAGCUGGGCGCGUACAGGCCCACGGUGCUGCAGCCGGUGCAGCAGGCCGCGGGGCUCGCCAACCCGGACCAGCGAGGCCCGGCGCCCACGGACGGGGCGCCACCAGCGGCCGGCCCACUGGCACAGAGGCCGGCCGGCGCUGGACCGCGGCCCGGCACCAGCAGGGUCCCCGCGGGGUCGGAAAAAGCAGCUCAGGCCACAGUCCAAGCGCCCGUUCAAGCCAAAGUCCAACGCAGCCAAGGAAACUGUGGACACCAGCAACAAUAA